AUGUCUGUUGUGCAAAUACACAAAGUGAAUUUUGCAAAGGAAAUACACGUAAAGGAACCCAUAGGAAAGGAAGUAAGUCCUCGCCUAUUGCCAGGUGAAUUGCUGCUUUGUGAGGCAAGCACGGUAUACAAGUAUAUACCAGAGGAUGGAUCUAAUCGCGGCACCUAUGGGAAACUUGUAUGCACAAACUUCAAGAUUGCUUUCCUGGAUGAUGAUUCUUCUUCAGAUGAUAAUGAUCCACAAUUUAAGAAUAAGAUUGUUGGAGAAAAUGACAUAACCCUGCAAUGUGUAGACCAAUUAUAUGGAGUUUAUGAUGAGAAAAAGAAACUACUAACUGGACAACUGAGAAAAUACCCAGAGACACUAAUUAUCUACUGUAAAGACCUUAGAGUAUUUCAUUUCUGCCUGAGAUACACAAAAGAAGAGGAAGUGAAAAGAAUCGUCAGUGGUAUAGUUCAUCAUAGCCAGACUCCUAAGCUGCUUAAACGCUUGUUUCUGUUCUCUUAUGCAUCAGCUGCCCCAAACAACACAGACGGAAGAAACCAAACUGUGAUGUUUGAUACUCUUGAGGACUGGCGUGAUGAGCUGGAGCGGACCAAAGGAAAUGUGAAAUACAAAGCAGUGACUACCAACGAAGGCUACAGAGUCUCUGAAAAGUUGCCUUUGUAUUUUGUUGUUCCCAUAUGUGUUUCUGAAGAGAGUAUCUUGAAGUAUGAAGGCAGAGGCAUUCCGAUUUGGUGUUGGUCUUGCCAUAAUGGUGCUGCUCUUCUCAAAAUGUCUGCAUUUCCCAAAGAACAGGAUGACAGCACAUCACAAAUGCAAAAAGCCUUCUUGGAUGGAAUCUAUAAGACAAUUAGCAAACCUCCCUAUGAACUCCUGAAGACGGAUGACUUGUCAAGCAGCCUUCCAUCUCUGCAAGAUAUCCAGACAGCAUACACAAAAUUUAAACAGCUGUUUUUGAUAGAUAACAGUGCAGAGUUCUGGGCAACUGAUGUGAAAUGGUUUUCAUUACUGGAGAGCACAAACUGGCUAGAGAUAAUCAGGCGAGUCUUGAAAAAAGCAAUUGAAGUUGCUGAGUGUCUGGAAAGACAGCAUACAAAUGUUCUCCUUAUAGAAGAGAGUGCUACUGAUCUGUGCUGUGUGAUCUCUAGUCUGGUUCAAGUGAUGAUGGAUUCAUACAGCAGAACAAAGUCAGGGUUUCAGAGCCUCAUUCAGAAGGAGUGGGUAAUUGGAGGACAUAGCUUUUUGGAUCGUUGUAACCAUUUACAUAAAAGUGACAAAGAAGAGGCUCCUGUUUUUCUGCUCCUGCUAAAUUGUGUUUGGCAGUUGGUACAACAGUAUCCUCCAGCAUUUGAGUUCACAGAAACUUACUUAACUGUCUUGUCAGACAGCCUCUAUGUGCCUAUUUUUAGCACUUUCUUCUUCAACUCGCAACAUCAAAAAGACACUAGUACGACGGGUGAAAGCCUCAAGACACAAAGCGGUCCUUUCAGAUUUCUUACUGUGUGGGACUGGUCUGUGCAGUUUGACCUCAAGGCCCAGGCUUUCCUGAACAACCCUCUUUAUGCAGAGAAGCCAAAACCAGAUAAAAGUCAACGGAAAACUGCACGAUUCAAACAUCAGCGGCAGCUUUCUUUGCCAUUGACGCCAACAAAACCUUCCACGAAGAGAGGAUUUUUCAGGGAGGAAACAGAUCAUUUAAUUAAAAACAUUCUGGGCAAAAGAAUUGGCAAGUUCAUAAAUUCUUCAGAUGAACUUCCUAGUAGCUUCAGGGAAUUUUAUGAUAGCUGGCAUAGCAAACCUGUUGACUAUCACGGUCUUCUGUUACCUCGCAUCGAUGGCCCUGAAAUCAAAGUCUGGGCACAACGGUAUCUACGAUGGAUUCCUGAAGCCCAGCUUCAUGGUGGUGGAACAAUAGCUACAGCUGCCAAGAUUUUGGACUUGAUGGAGGAAGUACAAAGCUUGCAGGUGAAAAUGGAUGAAGAACAUAGCCAAGCUAUUUCUGGGGAUAUACAUUCUGUUCCACUGAUGAGAAAUUCUGCCCGUUUGUCAUCCUUGUUUCCAUUUGCUUUACUUCAGAGACAGUCUGUCAAACCAGCUUUACCCACUAGCACCUGGAAAGACUUGGAAGAUGAAGAGGACUUGGUCAAGAGGGAUGACGAAUUUGUUGAUCUAAGUGGCGAUAUGUCAUAAGGUGUAUAUAAAGUAUAAAUUUUAAGUGGCUAAGCUCUGAGUUCUAAAUGUUGUCCUGUAUCCUCACUUAAGGAGGUCACUCAAACAUCAGCAGCCUAUUUAAUGGGUUUGUGGGGUUAAAAAAAGAA